CGAAUAAGCAAAAAAAAAAAAAAAAAAAAAAAAAAGUAGUAGCGCAAGAAAGUGGUAGUGGUGGUGUUGGGUUUAUCUGAUGAAGAUCGAGGAAUUAGAGGAGUGUGAGGAUGGAGCAGACGACGGCGUUUCGGGGAGGCAGAUUGUGAUUGUGAGGAGCGUUGACGCCAAGAGAGCCAUCGUCGGAGCCGGUGCUCGGAUCCUCUUUUACCCUACCCUUUUGUAUAAUGUGCUUCGCAACAAGAUCGAGUCCGAGUUCAGAUGGUGGGACCAAGUUGACCAGUUCUUGCUGCUGGGUGCGGUUCCAUUUCCCAAAGAUGUUCCACGGUUGAAGCAGCUUGGUGUGGGUGGUGUCAUUACUUUGAAUGAACCUUAUGAAACUUUGGUUCCCACAUCCUUAUAUCUUGCCCAUGAGAUUGACCACCUAGUAAUUCCCACAAGAGAUUAUCUCUUUGCUCCUUCAUUUGUGGAUAUCAGCCAAGCUGUGGACUUCAUUCACCAGAACGCAUCUUCUGGUCGAACUACGUAUGUUCACUGUAAAGCUGGGCGAGGAAGGAGUACAACCAUUGUUCUUUGCUAUUUGGUGAGGUACAAGCACAUGACACCUAUUGAUGCCCUGGAAUAUGUGCGGUCUAGAAGACCUCGGGUGCUGCUAGCGCCUUCACAGUGGAAGGCUGUUCAAGAGUACUGCAAGCGUGAAUCAUCUACAAUUGCAUGCUCUCCUUCAGGGGAUGCAGUUCUGAUAACAAAAGCUGAUCUUGAAGGAUAUCAUGGCAAUUAUGAUGGUGAUACUGGUAAGCAGCUGGCCAUGGUCCCCAAAGCAGCAAAGGCUCGGCCAAUGAUAGCAAGGCUAUCUUGUUUUUUUGCAUCCUUGAAAGUUUCUGGUGGUUGUUUAGCAGUGUCUAGGCAGCUGCCGGUAGCAGAGGCACGUGCUUGCUAAGCCCUUGCACAUCACAAAUAUGUAAGGGGCUAGUUACUUGUACAGGAGCAUUAUGGAAAUAAGUAUAGAAAUUUUAUUGAUUUCCCAGGUUUGCGGUAGCUUUGUCUUUAAGAGAGAGAGAGAAAGAGAGAGAGAGAGAGAGAGAGUACGGCAGAUUUCAAGAUUGUAACACUGUAUUCAUGUUGAGGCGUGACUUGCAGUUUCACUUGUACAUAAACUGUCGGAUCAAUUUUUUUCAUUUCCAUAAUCAUUUUGCUUAUGUACGUCCUGGUUUGUGCCAAUGGAAUAAAUGAGUUAUUGCCUCAGAAA